GGAGGAGGAAGGCGCGGGAUGAGCGGGACGAGCGCGCGCCCCCCCGCGGCCGCCGGCGCUGCGCCCCCCGCGCCAUGGAGGGAUUCCCCGCCCGCGGGUACGGCACCGGCGGCGCCGACCACCGCCCGCUCUUCGGGGAGACCUCGGCAAGGGACAGAAUCAUCAAUCUAGUUGUUGGUGGCUUAACAACCUUGCUGCUUGUAGUCACUCUAAUCAGUGCUUUUGUCUUCCCGCAACUACCUCCAAAACCUGUGAAUGUAUUUUUUGCUUUCUGCAUCUCCUUGUGUUGCAUUUCUGCUGGCAUUCUUAUCUACUGGUAUCGACAAGGAGACCUGGAACCUAAAUUUAGAAAUCUAAUUUACUAUAUAUUGUUUUCUAUUGUCAUGUUAUGUAUAUGUGCCAACCUGUACUUCCAUGAAGUGGAUAAAUGAUGGACAUUGGGAAAACCCAGCAAUGAUGCUACUGUGUCAGAAUGUUUUCAGCUCAGCUCUCAGCUCUACUUGAGACAUUUAAGUGAGAACAAGCAGCCUGAGAGGAACAAAGUGGGUUGUGCAAGGAUAAAUCAGUACAUGAUUUUCAUGUAAAUGUAUAUGUAAUGUCCCUCUUGUUAGGGAAAAUUAUUGCCAUAAGACGUGACAUUCCGCUUUUUUUUGAAGAGCUACUGUUGCGCUUAAUGAACAUUCCAGUUGUACUGAUGUUUCAGAAUGGCACAAGCUUUUUCAUUUUGGAAAAAAAAUGCACUUUUUUAUUACUGUACAAAUAAACUGCAGCAUUGAAAGGAUCUGUGGCAGUAUAAAUAAAUGGCAUCUUACAGUCAA